AUGUCGGGCUGUACGGUGUUACAAAACGAGCGUCCACAUAUGACGCUCGGGAUUCUCUUCCGUGUUCCUCUCAAACGUCAUCAUUUACCCGCGUUUGUUGAACAGCCCACUUUGUUUGGCGGGACAGAGCGAAAGAGAGACCACUGUCGUCUUCAGACUGGUAAAUAACCGAAAUAUAGUCCUUUAAAAGUCGCUCAUGUAUCACGAAAUAACUUGUAUACAGUUUGUACAUUGUCGUCAACCUUUUCACGGGGUAACUGACUGAACGUUAGCCUUCAUGUACUCAGUUGCUGUGUGUUGCUGUUGUGUGUGUUGUUGAGCCAAGGUGUUUGUGAAAGUUAGCUGACUUUCAGCGAUAUAUACUCACUUAGACACAGUCGAAUUAAGCCUCACUUUGGUUUAAAACUGGCUUCUUUAGAGGAACAAUGAAAAUUCAGAGGACUGCUGUAAACUACAGUUAGCUGGUAGUUGUCUUUGAAUAGUAACAGUUGACAGAUCCUGCAGCCUGUUUCUGCAUGGAUUUCAUUAUGUGCAUUAAUCUGUUUAGUUAGGCCGUCUGUUUAGCCGAUUUCUAUUAACUCUGGAGAAAAAAAAUGUUGCACUGUAUUUUAGGCAACACAGUAUUUGCCUCAAGAUUAGAGAGAGAUCUGGUGCACAUUAAUGGCUGUGUAGUUAUAGGGGAGAGUGGGGUAAGAUGAGCCAUUUUUCAUAUUAUGCAUCACUACAUCAAGAUAAUCAUAGUUUUGUCUCUUAAUAAGUGUAUCUGCACGUAUUUCAGGAUGUUGUUCAUCCCUGCAAACCAACAGAAUGAGUGUAAACAGAACUGUCUUGAUAAUAUAGCAUGCCAAAAAAGUGGUCUACUAUGGUCAACUUGUAUUAUACUAUUCUAAGUUUUUGACCUCAUGUUGUAGCUCAUAGAUAUCACUAUUGAUGUAUGAAAGACAUUUAAAAUGAUCUUUUUUUUUUUGGUCUGAACACAAUUCUAAUCAAAUUUAUGACAGACUAAAUUCACUUUCAAGAGUAAAAUAAUGUCAAACCCCUUCACCCAUGUUCUUCUAACCUUCACAGACUCCAUGAAUUGAUGCCCAUCUCCUAAAUAUUUGGUCACAUGAUCAAUUUCUUUGACCAUUUCCAAGCAACAGGAGGUGGCUCAACUUACCCCACUCUCCCCUAUUUGUGUUAGUGUAUGAAUCCUUUAUAUGACUGAAAAUCAUCAAGUCUUUCACAUGGACAGACACACUGGUUAUAGACGUCUUUCUUAGGUUUUUAUGGUACAUCCACUUUGUUUCUGUAUUGAUCAGUCUUCAUAUUGUCAGAGUAGUUCAAAAUCAUGUCUAUGUAGGUCUUUAUUCAUCCAAGGCUGGACUUUAACCAAGUCCAGUGGCCCUUUUGAUCAAGCCUCGGAUAGUUUAGUAUCUCAUUGUUGAAAUAGUUCUUGUCUGUAUAACACUUUUUUAUUUAUAUGUUUGAUCUUUGAGAUGUUCCAAUCUAAUAGCCCUACUGGGAUAAAGUAGGUUGAAUAAAAUCUGAUUUUAAAUUCAAGGACAAGCAUGUGCAAGUGUAAUGAAUAAGUAAAUGGUUUCAUUACUUGAAAAAUAGUCAGGAGAAGUGAGUAAGUGAAGGAGAAGAGUGUUUUCUUUCUCUUUGAGGAUAAAUACACGGAUGUUUAUAUUUAAGUUCUCUUUGUCUGGUGCUGCAAGAACUGUGUCUGAAUGUGAUGAGAGAAAAAAUGCUUUUGAUUUGACUGUCAGUAACUUGUGCUGUUGCUCAAAUGUAUCUGUACUUUUCUUGCCAGAUAGCUUGGCAUCACCCUGAUUGAUAAGCCCGUUGUAUUAUUUUGCUUUAUUUCAGUAUACUUGUUUUCUCCUCUCAUCAGGAACCAUGCAGUUCUCUGGCAGAAAAAGAAGGAUCAUCACCAACUCUCAAACUGAGGUGUACGGACACACUGUGCAGUUUUAUGGGCAGCCUCCUCUUGAAAACAUCUCUCUCUCUGAAUUUGAGACAUUUGCUGUGGAAAGACUGAAAUGUAAGUCCUCAGUUAUUUUUGCCAAUCGCAGAAAAUUUACUGAUGGAUGUUUUCAUCAGUCAUCUUUAUGUUCCUCUGCAGUGUUGAAGACGGUGGAGAAUCUGGGAGUUAGCCAUGUGAAACUGUCUGAGCCGUAUACUCAGAAACUGGAGAAAGAGUUUAAAGCCCUGAACUUUCCCUACAGACCAGAAAAUGUGAGUGUAUUAAACACUGAAACAGCCUUACACCACAGGACUGCUGACACUUGCUGACUUUAAAUAACCAGUGCAAACUGACCGGUUUGGAUGAGCAGUUUAAGACUAUAAUAAUAUGUUAGAGAUGUAUAUUUUGAGAUUUCCAUGAUGGUAUCAAAACAUAAUCAAAGUGAUCUGCUGCUAAAACGGCUGUGUUUACUUUGAUUUGUUAAGGAGGACAGAAAAUCUCAGACUGGACCAAGUGAGCAGGAGAAACGAAGGAAGGACCACAUCUCUCACUUCAUUCUCAGACUUGCCUACUGCCAAACGUAAGGAUGAUGUUUUCUCUAUAUAGUAAAUAAAAAGAUGGGAAAAGUCAGAUUUAAUGGAAUAAACAUUUGUGUGUCUUACAGGGAGGAUCUCAGACGUUGGUUUAUACAGCAGGAAGUGGAUCUAUUUCGCUUCCGCUUCCAUAUCCUACAUUCAAAGCAGAAGCUGGAGCUUUUACACAGGAACAAUCUCGAAUAUGACGCGGUAAAUUUCUAUCCGUUUUUUUUUUUUUUAAUGCUCUGUGUGGAAUUUUAAACUUAUACUCAAAUAGCGUCACUCUCAUACUGAGGCUUCCUAAUAACCUGCAAAGUAAAAUGAGAUUUUCAGCAACAAAUGUGGUUAUUUUUUCCUGUUUUAGUGACUGUUACGAUCAGAUUUCUCAUGAAACAAGCCAAUCUGAAGUACAGCAUUUGCUCAGAAGUGUCCAUGUUUAGAGCUCUGCUGGUAAAGUUUGACAGUGGAAUGAAAGUAAGCAAGCAGAAGGAGUGUUAUAAUCUUUAGUUUAUUUUCUUUUGAUUUAAUGUUUAGUUCUCAUGGCUGAAACUGGAGCAGAAUCAGCAGUUUCUGUUUAAGUGUGUUUACAGCUGGAGGAACUGUUGUUGGCUGUGAACAGUAUUCAGUAUUGAAGUCAUGUUAAAAGGUUUUGUCAUUGUUUGUUACAGUUUAUGAUUUAUAAUUCAUAUUUAAUUCAUUACCUCUUCACUUUUUAUCCUGCAAAAAGUUUUCCUGAAAAAAAAAAAAAUGGUUUUAAAAAAAAGGAGACAUCUGCACAUCCAUCAAAAAUUAGUGCUUUAGUAAGGGGCCUCUUCUUUAUGACACUUUAGAGUAAUGGUGCUUAUUCGAAAUGAAGUCUUCAUUUUGGGAAACCCCUUAAAAUAGUCCAAAAGGGUUCACUAGAAUCAUCAAAACUCUUCACAGCCCUUUUUAAAAAUCCUUGUCUCUAUUUUAGGAAGGUGAACUCAAUGCAUUUUAAUAAAAACUGUCAUCCAAGGCUGCCAAACUUUAUGCCUUUUGUUCAGCUUGGAAAAGAGAAAACUGCCUGUACAUGUUAUAGGUUUUCAGUUAUUCACCACUAGAUGGAGCUGUUUGACCACAUUAAUGUAACAUGAAUCUGAUGCGUACCCUGCUGUGGAGCUUACAUAAAAGUUUUAAGUUAGAGUAUUAAAAGUUAUUCUUCAGAGUUUUUCAGUGAAAGAUGAACUCACAUUCAAACAACGUUCCAUCUUUAUGUGCUUACUUACAUUAUUGAAGGCUGCAGUUAUUCUAUUCAGAUAUUAAAGCUGGUUAAAAAGUGUGUUGAAAGUGUUUUUAAUGUUGAAGUCAGACGCCUGAAAAGAAGCUCUGAGCAGGUUUUCAUAAAGCGAAGGUAAAUACUCACAGGAGGAAAUUCUUUAACCUUUUAUCACUUCAGAGUGUCAGGCAAGGACGGCGCAUUCAUCUGAUAAAUGCUGUUUGGUUUCCAUGAGCCUCAGCCUUCAGUGUAUUAACUCUGACACAGCUCUGCCUCUGCGGCUCUUCACUGACACAGUUCUUCUUUACUGAAACUCAUCACCCUCAUCAAUAACUUUUCAGAUCAGCGCCGAGGAGAAGACCACUCUGAGGGAGAAACUUAUCAACUCCAGUUACGGCGUCAGUGGAAUCACUCUAGAGGAGCAGGACUUCUACAAAGUGAGUUACUCAAGUCUCUUUCUCUCUGCUCAUAGACGGCUCAGAAUGUGAAAAUGCCUAUGCCUCCACAAAGCCGAUUUUCUCAUUCAGUAUUAUUCGGCAGUGAAUGAAGUUUGCCAGACAUCCUGGUAGAGUCAACAAGCUAAUCUUUUGUGAUGAAGGUUAUGACUUUGAUUUUAAAAAACUGGAUCUUAGAGGAGGCGUCUUCUUCAUGGUCGAGCUUCUAUUUUUUUUUUUAUCAUUACAAAACCACAUACACCUCAAAGACUUCUUUAUUCUUUAUGAGUUCUUUACAACGUUACUUUUUUUUAAAAUUCAAGUUUGGCAUCAAAUUUUUCUGGAUUUCUGUACCAAGAAAAACAAACCUUGAGAGGACGUUUUCUGCCAAAGGGGGCACUCCUCAUGAAGUAAAGCAGCUGCUCCUGAUGGUUUUUCUUGGAGCCCUCCUUUCCCUACUUGUAUUUAAGAAAAGCUGAGACCACCCAGGACCCUCAAGGGUUCAAGGUAAACUUAAUUAUCCCCGUAAAGGGCAGUUUGUCUGCAGCCAGCGGUAAGAAAACGCAGACACAAAUAAGCUUACAAAAUCAACAAUAAGAAAAAUUAGAAAACAGAUUCAUCCAAACAAGAUAUUAUAUACGAAAUAGAUCAGACUCUGGAUUAAAUUAAAGUCAGAUAGGCAAUAGAUAUAAGGAGUAAGAUGAGUGAAAGAAAAAGCAAUAACUUAGUUAAAAAGCCAAUAAACAGGCGAGUUUGUGAGUCUUUUAAUCCAGUUUUUUUUUCAGGCUGUAUCUGCAGUAAGAGGGGAGCAGAUUGAACUCUGAGAAAAGAGGGCGACUAUUAUUGGCCAGGAUAGAUUGCGCCCUCUUCAGUGUCCUCUCCUUGUACACGUGAGCCAGACUCGGGUCUCGGUCAGGCUUGGAGGGGUUGAUUAAUAAGUUGGUAAAACCCGUGACUGACGAUAUAUCAGCAGAAACUUUCAUACUCGCCAAUACCGAUAAUCAACUUUUCAAGCUGUUAUGUGCCGAUACCGGUACUAUGCUGAUUAUAUUGUGUUCCUUUUCAAUGGAGAUUGAAAUUAUGAUGUUGAAGACCUCAUUAUUCAACUUGAAGUCAAACUGCAGCCUUUUAGACAAAAGGAUGAACCACAGACAGAAGGUGUCGAGUUUUAAGUACCGAUGUUAUCUGUUCAAGGUUAGCUGACAAAAGCAGUGAUGAUGAAUAACAAUUAUAGACAAACCUUUUAGGACUGAGUCAUUAUUAUUUUUCUGAUUAUUUUUAGGCUUUUUGUGCUUUUAUUGGGAGGUUUGGAUAGUGGAUGGAGUAGCUGACUAGGGAGGGAGAAUAAGUGAUGACAUACAGCUAGGGCUGGGCGAUAAACCGAAAAUGUACCGAUACCGAAAUUUAUGGCAAUAGCCGACGUCAUUUUGCCCACAUCAAUAUAUUCGGUGUCAAAUAAAGAAAGAAAGAAAAGUAGGUUUAGGAUGUGUGUAGGUAGGCUAUGGUCUCAUGUCCCUUUUAAGAUGCUGUCCUAUGUUUGAGACGUGACUCCACCCCAUCCAGUUCAUAACAAAGAGGGAAAGACAGGUGAGGAGAUGGAGGAAGGUUCAAAAGUUGUAGCGGCAGCUAAAGUAGAUAAAGUUAUUGUGGGAGUGGGUGAGAAACUUGUGGAGUAGAUAUCGAGGUGAACUGCUCAAUACAUAGUGAUAUUGAUUUAAAGCCAUAUCGCCCAGCCCUACAUACAGCGAUGGGAAAAUGGUCAGGUUUGAGCCUGGGCUGCCUGCUUCGAGGACUUCAGCCUCUGUACAUACAGUUUAACCACAGAGCUAAACUGGUACCUUAUUUUUUCAGAUUAUAACCCAGAUUAAAGUUGAAAACUACUUUACAUGGAUGAUUGUCCCACGCUCCAUGUAAGGCAGCUGUGGCCCUCGAGCAGGGGACACAGUCUCAACUCUUGCAGAGCCUUUCUAACAUCAGUCCUGGUUUCCUGUUCUCCCCUCAGACUUUUCCUCUCUAAACAAACGACAUCAAAGCUUUAAAUAAAUAAAUAUAUAAAUGAAUAAGAAAAAUUUGUAACCACUCCUUUUUAAAUCUGUCUAUUGAUGCUCAGUGAUUCAUCAUGGGAUUGGCCCUCACAUGUCCUCUGUGUAAUUUAAGAUGUCAUGAAGACAUCAACCUGCAACCAAACAUUUCACCACAGUUGUCUGGACUUUGCAAUCAUUCUGAUGAUUUGAAGAGUAAAAAAUCAUCUGCCAGUAAAAAAAAAAACAACGGUAUUCCCUAUUGUUGGACUUUCCAAUUAGUGCCACUCAAGUGUGUGAUCAUAACCUGCCCAACAGUACCAGUCAAGCGGGCCAGUGAGCCGGCCCGUCUGUUUUCAAAACUGAAACAUCCACCACAUUGAAGUAAAACUCCGAUUUGUCUGCUCAGUGCUUUUUUUUCCCUCUAACUCUACCACCUCCGGGGCCCAUGUUUUGUCAGAGGGAGACAGCCCAUCUUAUUAUAUGAAAUAAAUGUGCAAAUACUGGUCCCCGAGGCGAUUUAAAUCAACUUAUUGGCCAAUUCACGCUCUCCCAGAUGUAGACUCCCCCAUUCUGCAUUUCCGAACCCUUCCUUGCUUUUAAAGAAAUGUUAUGACAUAAUUUUUGUUGAACUGGUAGAUGCUCACAAAGUGGAGAAAUCUCAUAAAUCAGUAUGAAAGUAGAGCCUGAAAAUAAUUGGCUGAUUGUCAGAUCACUGCUUUGGCCUUUCACACUCGAAUGGAUUUCAGUCUACAGUCUGUUAACAAAAGGAAAAAGAAAGGAGAGAAUGUCACGGCCCGUAACCCGAUGUUCAAUUUACAUUUUAGGCUUGUUACUGACCGUCUCAUUCUCUGAGAGAACCCAAACCAACUUUAUUGGACUUCACUGGAAUAAAUGCAAAUCCUCUGAUUGGUUUUAGAAAUCAAGAAGGCCAAAGAGUUUGUUUUUAAUCUUACAAAGCAUGCUUUUGUUUUUCCCCUAAUAUGCUGAAGUUUUAUUUUUAAAGGUUCCCUUUCAAGACGCUCUGGAUCUGGUCAGAACGAGGAAAGUUUACCUCAAAGCUGGCUACGCCUACAUCCCUCACCAGGACAUCGUCACCAUCGUCCUCAAUGAUUUCCGCACUCGACUUUCCAAAGCUCUUGCGGUAAGUGUCUGCAUUUUUAUAGGAUUGAUAAGAAAGUGAUGUUGGGGUGGUUUGUUUAGACGAUUUACCAGUUUGAUCCCCUCUCAUUAUUAAUUCAGAAACCUAAACUUGAUCAGUUGCUGAUACCAGUCCUCAAACUGAUUCAGUCUCAAGCACAUCAUUGCUUAAAAUUUGCCUGCUAACAUCACACUGUUGUUGUUCCCUAUUUUCGUAUGACAGUUUACCUAAGACCUGUUGAUGUGUUUGGUAGACAUUAGAUGCAUUUAACAAUGUACUCCCCAAAACUCGAUAUCAUUGAAAUAUGUAAUUGAAAUGUCAUCAAAUGUCACUGAAAUUGGUUGAAAUUCAAAUUGAUGCCUUUUUAUGAUACUCAGAAGCAAACAAAACCAUCAGGGACAAGAUUGAAAAUUUGAUUACUGUCAUUUUUAUGUCUCAAACUAUCAUAAGGGGGUAGUUGUCAGCCGAGCAGUUGAAGAAACAGCCUUGAUUUUAAAUUUUAACAUAAAAUAUUUACACAAAAAUCUACACUUGACCAUCAAGAGUCAGCAGAAUGAGAUUUUUUUCUUAAUACCGUAUUUUUCGCAUAUAAGGCGCACUUGAUUAUAAGGCGUACCAUCAAUGACCACGCGUAUUCGCGUCUAUUUUCAUUUAUAAGGCGCACCGGAUUAUAAAGCGCAUUAAGCCAAACAAAACAGUCAGAUAAGUCAAACUUUAUAUAACUCAUUCAAUAACUCCGCGAGGCUAAGGUAGCUGCAGUGCUCCGACAAGCCAAAAGGAUUUUAAGUGCGCCUUAUAGUGUAAAAAAUCCGGUAGUCACUUAAUGGUAAGCAAAGAGUGCUUUGUCCACAGGAGGCACCAAACUCAACAUAAGCCUAAAGUUCCUCACAGGAGCUUUAAACUCUUUUAAAAAUUAAAACAUUCUGAACUUUGGAAAACAAACAAUAAAUGAAAAAGUAUUUAAUAACCUCAUCAAUAGUUAAUAUACAGUAAUCAUAUAUUGGUGUAAAAAUUCUGCUGAUACAGCAGUUUUGCUAUUAGUUGUUGUUAGACAGUCAAUCACAAAAAAAACUAUUCUUCUUACUUUGUAACAAAUUGGUGUUGGUCGUACAGAUUCAUUCCCUGUUGGAUUCCUACAUUACCCAACACAAGUGGGGCGUCUAUAGCAACUAAUUUCUUUUUCUGCAGUCAUAGAGAAGUUCAAAUUCUGGUGAGCUAAACAGUCGAGGAGGAAGAAAAUUCUUAUUAAACAGUUGAAUUAAGCACAAUUUAUUCAGCACAACUAAACAAAGGAUCACGAGCUUGUCCUUUGCUCGGUGUACAUCACUCCCCUCUUGUGGGGCUCUUACCAAACACAGCCUACAUGCUGCUUCAUCCCCACGUUCUAAAUCGAAACACUUCCAAACCCCGCUGCACGACAAGAUGCCAUCACUGAUCUGUGUUUAUUACAUCGGGGUGGUCGAGCAUUAUCACAAUGUGACAGUAGUCAUUAAGCAGAGCUGAAUCCCCAGCUAUUGGCUGUGCUGCAGCUUUGAUAGGAAAUAUAAGAAGGAAGUUGGAUCUACAACAACAAGAAGAAAAUAAACCAUCAGUUUGACUCACUGGUGCUUGUACUGGGUUUAAGGUCGAUACUGUUACCGCUGAUGGUGUCUGAAAAACUCUUAUUUUUAUAACAUUAUACAAAGCCUACAAUAAAAUAAGAAUUUUAUAUCCUUUUAUCAUGAUGGAUCGUUUUAUUAUUGAUUGAACCAAUAAUAGAAACAUCUCACAGUACAAGGUAAUUCAUCACAACAGCGACUCUGACUUUAAAGCACCGAUUCUGACUCUCCAUGCAUUUGUAUUUCAUACAUUUGUUUCUGCCAUGUUGACUCCCUGGAGAUGUACAUUAUGCAAAUAUGUUUGCUGCUUUCACUGUACGCUCGGUUCCAUAAGCAAGAUUAUUAAACUCCCAGCUACCACCAUUCCCAUCAGUGCCCUGAGGGAAACUUGAGGAAUCUCGGGGUUCAAAUGAGGAGAAUAAGUGUACACACAUGACAUCAAAUAUCUGCAGGGAAGUCUGGGGACAGCUAGUAUAAAAGUAGUUAUUUUCCCUGCAGCCACGAUGUUUUUUUUUUUAAGGCAGUGGAAGGGGGUCUGUGAUGGCGCUGUAUCGUCAUGCUCGUGCAUCGCACUGAAUCCCCCCAGGGAUCUGGAACAUGAUGUUUUGGGCACCAGAGGCACUUUUUAUAAUACAUGUGAGGAGACAAGCGAGCUUCAGUUGCAACAGAGUAAGGGGUCCUUACUAAAAGAGAGGCACAAGCUUGCUGAAAAACCACAGGCAGUGGUACUAAAUAGAUAAUGAGUAGACUUGUUCUAUUAUGAAGUGAAAGUCUGGGUGACUUACAGACAGAGAGAGGAGGAAACGAUGGAACGGGCCGGUUUUAAGAUAAGCACAUCACUGUCCUGAAUAAGCCUUUCUAAUCUGGUUUUAUGUAGAUUUGAUGUCCUCAGUCUUCAGUAUGUGUGAUUUCUAUACCUGUUGUAAUCCUGGAAACAUUAAGAUUUGCAUUGAGAUACAGAGUAUUUGUCAUAUUUACGAAGAGAAGACACGCAUUGGGAAACAUCAGAGCAAGCACAGAUAUGGAGAAUGAUACAAGGACAUUUCUUCCAGAUAAUUCAGUGUCUGAUCCCUGUUGUCCUCAAACCAGGGUCAAACAUAUACAAGCAGUCUGUCCCUGAGGGUGACCGCCUUCUCACGACUUCUUUGGAGCUCAAAAAUAUGAGAUUAGUUUGAGGUGUCGGUGUUUGUUCAGUGGGUUUAACUUCACAACUUUUGUAUGUUUGGAUGUGUAGCUGCAGAGCUGAUCACAGAUGAGGCAGCAGCCAUUGAUGAUGUACUCCUGAUCCCUGAAUACUAAAAAACAGCUUUUAUAAAAAGUGGCAUCUGUUUUUUGCUUGAUUUUAAUGUCUCUUUUGCAUAUUCAUCCCAAGGAUUUUCUAUGAAUUUUCCAAAUUUCGCUUGUUUACACAUCCCUCACAGAUUGAAGUCUUGCCUAUCAGAUGAGGGGGGUGGUCAGUAGAGCUGUUCAUCGUCACUGGCCUCACAAUAUGAUCUGAUUACAAUCAUCUCAUCUUCAAUUUGAUUUGGUACCACUAUGCAUCACAAAACUGUAAAGAAAUACAGAUCUGCACAGGUUUGGGAGCUAAUAACUCUCUAAUAUUUCCAAAAUUGAAUUAUUACUUUUUCUUUUCUAAAACUGCUCAUAAAUUAUAAAAAUCAUGGUUUAUUCCUUCUUAGUCGUUGGUUAAAUGUUAUCACACAAAAACUUGAACCUGCUCAUUAGGCCUUGGUUCUCUACAGACCAGCCUAUGGCGCCUCUGUCUGUUUCCCUUCCUUCUGUAUACCUUAGAGAGGUUCCCUCAAUAAUGAGCACAGUUACAGGAGAGAUGUCUUCUAGAGAGCAUGUUGCAUCAUCAGCUGGAAAAAAUAGAUAUCGAGCCCGAUGUGGGCCCAUAGGUUGCAAAUUAAACCAUCAUUUUUAAGCACUGAUCAUCCAAAAACUGCUGGCAGGGUAGCUGAUGUACUGUACAGUGUCAGGGUCCAAAAGUAACGCCCACCAAGUACAAAGCUCGAUGGAGAUUUCCUGUUUGGCGAUGAAUUGUCAGAAGGCUUCAUGAGCGUUCAUUGUGUUCUUAAAAGAUUGGACCAUGCUGAGCUUUUACCUUCGCGUCCCUUACAGCGUCCGUCUGCUGCUCCUCUGCUGUCUGCGUAUCAGCUUCAUAGGGCAGACUGACACACACAUACAUAAAGCACCGUGCAGUGAUGUGCACAUACAACCUUGGCUAUAAACAGUUAUCGUCUGUCAGUGCAUGUAUGUAAAGUUUACAGUGCUGCAUCUUCAUGCAUCAUAAAAAUGAUUGAUUUUAAUACUUGCUUCAAUGCAACAGAGACUCACACCACGAUAACACCUUUUGUGUGUAUAGCAGUGCUACAUGCAGAGAGAUUGCUGGGCAGACAUUUUUGUGGUUCUCACCUUUAAAACGAAUUCUCCUUCCCAACCUUGGACGUUUUUAUCCUGGUAUGUGCUACUCUUCCAGGUUUGCAUCAGGCACACAAUAUGAGUAAUGUUACGCACCUGCAUGCCUGUGCUCAUGGUCAGUCCUCUUGAAUAUUUCCUGCUCACCCUGACGUCAAUUUUGUUGGCGGUUUAAACAUACAGGUCACCAAGAAAUAUUCAGAAAGUGUUGAAGAGUGGUGUCACAUGCAUGUGUGACUACAGUUCUUUUUACUUGUAUUUUGUCAUGUGUAGCUUUCCUACUUUAUAUUCCUAAAGAACCCGAGUCUAGCUUUUUUAUUUUAAGCUCGCAAUACCAAUCUGUGUCAGCAUUGUAAGCUUAAAUUGUGUACUGUAAAUACAUUACCAGCUUUAAUGUCACAAAGGUCCAGAACAUCCAUCUUAUUUCAAAGAAACUGCAAGUUUGCUUGUUUUUUCCCUGUUAAAAAGAGACACCAGACGUUGCUUUUACAGAGAACCCGUUCCAGUGUACCUCAGAACUGGCAAUUCUUUGCUUUGUGCAUAGGAAAUUGUUUGGCAGAUGAACAAUGGUUCUUUUAUUCCGUGGUUUUGCUGUGCUGUUUACUCUUUGUAUUUCACUGAGUAGUCACUCUGAACGAGCGUGUUUCUGGGUAAUGACUGUGUUCAUGAUGUAGAGCUGGCUUCGCUUAGCCUGUGACCUUUAACAAAAACCAGUUGACAAAUUGAAGCACUCAGAAUGCAUGCUGAGUAAGCCGGGCAUCAAACCUUGACCCGCUGCUCUUUGUGCUUUUCAUGCCUCGGAAACAAAAACAAAAGUAUUUUUUAAGUUUCGCAAAGAAUCCUCAUUGUUGCAGGGGCCAAUAAUGACUCCUCACUUUAUUUGGAGUUAGUUUUGGUGCAGUGUACAGAUUCAAAAUAAACAUGAAACACUUGUUCUCUGAUGGAAAGAGCACAAUCGACAUUAAACCCUCCUCACACACUCACGGGAUGCAUUUCCACCAGGCGGUCCUGUCUGGUUCAGUGUAGUAUGGUGCAGUAAGCCCUGUUCUUGUUUGUGCUUCCACAGUACACCGUACCCUGUUGCUUGAUGCAGUAGGACUGCACUGGAACAGCUUGGUUUUCAUCUUGGUGUGCAUGUUUAUAGAUUAGACCCUUCACACUGCCAGCAUGAUCAGUGCAUCCCAUGUUCAACUCACGUCCAUAACAUGCGCCAAAUGUCCAGAGAAUGGACGGCUGUGCAAACUGCAAGCAGAUCAUGGCUCAGCUGGCGUCUGUUUGUAAGAUUGUGUCCUGAUGAGACCACCCUCUGAUGCCUGUUUAACACCCAAAAGCAUUCACUGACAUGAGAAAAAGUGUGCAUGAAAUGAAGUCAUGACUGAUCAGAUAACACCAGGUGAAGAUCAACAGAACAGCAGAUGUAUGUAGUGUUGUGGUUUGGUUAUUUUGGAGCCUUUCCCAACUUGACAAUGGAAGCGCCAAUAACUGAGCAUAGAACUGAACCAGCCUGCUUGAUGGAAAUGCAGUUACGAACACACUCCAAUCCCAGCGCUUUCUACUGACUAUUAAGUUAUGUAGCCUCUCGCAUAGCCCCAUAAUGACCACUGCGACACAAACAGCAUUGCAGGUUUAAGAAAUUCUCAAUGCUAAUACUGCAACAACCUGCUAAUUAUCUUCCAAUGGACCCCGCACCAAGACUGUGAAACCAGGUGGCCAGUUGAAGCCAGUAAAUUUUUGAGCUGAAGCCUGUUUGCGCUCAGACUCACUCCAACUGAGUUAGGCUGUACAAUCCACCUUCCCUCAUUUCCCCUUUUUAAUUUAAGAAGAAAAAAUAGAUAACAGGGUAGUCAGAUCCAGCGUGAGAAGCCUGUUCUGGUUGUAUCUCACCUCUGCUGAGUUAGGCUGUACGCUCCACCUUCCCAUAGUUCCCCUUUCUUACAAAAGAAGAAAGAGAAAACAAAUAACAGGGUCGUCAGAUCCAGAAUGAGAAGCCAGUUUUGGCAGUAUCUCACCCCUGCUGAGUUAGGCUGUACGCCCCACCUUCCCCCAGUUCCCCUUUAAAAUGUAAGAAGAAAAAACAGAUAACAGGGCAGUCAGAUCCAGCCUGAGAAGCCUUUUCCAGCUGUAUCUCACCCCUGCUGAGUUAGGCUGUACGCCCCACCUUCCCCCAGUUCCCUUUUUAAUGAAAGAAGAGAGAAAAACAGAUAACAAAGUAGUCAGAUCCAGCAUGAGAAGCCUGUUUUGGGUGUGUCUUACCCCUGCUGAGUUAAGCUGUACGCUACACCUUCCCCUAGUCCCCAAUUUAGAUAAAAGAAGAGAGAAAACAGAUAACAGGUCGAGAAGCCUGUUUCAGCAGUGUCUCACUCCUGCUGAGUUAGGCUGUACACCCCACCUUCCCCCUUUCCUCUUUUCAACAAAAAAGAGCGAGGGAACAGAUAACAGGGUCGUCAGAUCCAGCGUGAGAAGCCUGUUUCGGCUAGCAUAAAGUCCUUUUCUUUGGUUAGCAUCGGGGUCAACACAAGCUUGAUCUGCUAAAACCUGAACACAUUUCCUCCAUCAUGGCACAGACGGAGCUGUUUUGAGCCCAAAAUUUUAAGAGGAAACUUUGUCCAGUUCUGCCAUGUCCCAUUCCCUGGUAAUUAUCCGGACCACUAACUGUUGGAAUGAAAUAACACUCCCAAACUAUUUUCCUUGUAACUGUGCCAUUGUGACUGUUUGUGUUGCUACCAUAAUGGUUAUUCCCCUCCACCGGGAGCGUCAUGGGGACACUGCAGAAAAUGUGACAUUAAAAAGGCAUGAAAUUGAAAGCUGCUACUCCAUAUGACUCCAGUUAUCGGUUGGGUGUUCAUUUUAAUAAAAAAACCAACCAAAGUAUGGCACAUUAGGCUGUUUUUGUGUUUGAGUAAAGCAGACCUUGAAAUGGUGUGCUUGUCGCUGAUUGGAAUCAUUGUCAUACAGCUUUUAUUUUUUCGUCUAGGGGAGAUGUUCAGUCGUCUGUUGUUUGCACCUAAAUUAAAAAAACAGUCUCUCACAGCUGAUAAAGUUCUCACCCAGCUAACCUUUGUGCAGGUUGAGACAGGGUGUGAAAGGCAGUAGACAGGUGCUGCAAGUAUUCUGCUGAUGGUUGUUUUAUAUGCAGCUGGUGUUCAGGUCUGUGUCAUAGUUUAUGCUUUUUGAUCAUCUGUUAGCCUCCAGUCAGAAAAUGUGUUUUCCUGUUUCAGCACUAAGAGGAUAAAAUUCAGAGGGUAUUAUAGUAUCAGUUUCAAGGGCACACUUUACAACUAAAUCAGUUUUUUGCCACUUUAUUGCCUAAUAUUUGUAGUAAUUUAGCUGAAAUGGAGCAGCCCUCGUUAAAAGAAAAUCAUGAUGUUUCCCUCACUAUCAGAUUACACUUGAUCCGUGCGGACUCCCAGCCAAGGUUCGGACCGUGAGUGAUCCACAGAGCAACAGAAAAUUUAUCACCAUGGUGCACAAUAACAAGCUGAACUCGCCUGUCCUGCUUUCACAGAGAUUCAGACCAAUACAAGCAUGACAGAGAUAACUGUCCGUCUUUGUCAGCACUGCUGCACGCUCUGAUUGUGAGAGCGAGGGGAGGCGGGGUCAGAGGCUUCAGUGUUGAGGGUUUUGUUAUCAGCGGGUCUACUACAAGACAGGUGACCGUCUUCACAGGCACCUUCAGAACACACCGGGAAACAGCGGUCUCCCCCACCGCUGUGAGCGUAAUUACACUCUGUUUAAGCCUGAAAAUGCAAGCAGAGCUGGAAAAUGAGGGCGUUAAAGUCAUGAAACAGUAAUGUAGGUGCAGGAACACUUGGCUGCGCAAGGAUGGGUCUCUGACACACUCAAACAAACACGAAGAGGAUGAGUAGAAGUUGAGCUGAUUCCUGAUUCGAGACAAGUGAUCUAGCAUGAAAGCAAUAUUAAGAUGCUGUACUCAUUGAGAUGUAGAAAGAUACACAGUCAUUCUCAGUGCCUUAAAAUGCAGUCAAAGUUGUGUCUACGUGAAGAGCAGAAAAAUAUAUAAAUAUGGAUUUUUUUUCUGAAAAAUUUACCAAACUGUGAAGUUGGUGAUACAUUGCUUCCCCACUAGAGUAGUGUAGGAAAUAUCCAAACAGUAGAGAAUGACUCUCUCAGUAAAACUUUAAUGUAGCUCAAUAUUAUCAGGAAGAAGAAAGAGAUCAGUAUGUAGGGUCAGUGUUUGUGCGGCUGGCUCUAACUUUAACCCUUUAGGCUGCUGUACAGCGCCUGUUUUCAUUGAGCUAAUCCAGACUGAUACAGAAAAACAUGGACUGCCUCUGGACUAUGUGGAUGUAGGACCUCGAGACUUUAUUUUGUCUUUGCAUGUACAAAACUACGAUGGAGUAUUAGGACCAAGGGAAAAAAAACAAGGCUUUGAGAUUAAAGUUGUUAAUUUACGAGAAUAAAGUCAUUACUUACAAGAAUAAAGUUGCAAUGAAAUCAUUAUGAUACUUAGGAUAAUGUGGUGCUGAUGUGUCAAAAGAUCAAGUAUGUCCUUGUUUGAGAAACCUAUAUUGAAGUACAUUUUUACAAAAUGCUCCAUGGCUCGCAUUUCAUCAACUGUCAUCUUAAACAACAGAUUAUAAUAUAAGGACUUUAUUCAUGUAAUUAAUUCCUUUAUUACGACCUUAUUCUCGUUAGUAAUGACUUUGUUCUCGUAAAUUAACGACCUUAUUCUCAAAGUCUUGAAAAAAAUGUCUGAAUGUGGCCCUAAUACUCCCUCAUACAAAACUUGACCAGUGCUGUAAAUUUAUUAAUUUCCCAUAUCCUUUUUUCCAAAUAAUAGAAUGAUUAUUUAAAUAACAGAGGGGGUGCUUUAUUAGAUAAAGUCAGCUGAGGGGAGACAGGAAGUGCCUGCUGCUCUUCGGUUAUUGGUUCAGCAUUAUCAUUGUGAUGCCGACAGCUCACAUCUGAGUUUAUUCAUAAUGGAAAGGUAAAGAUACAGCUGUGCAUGUAAUAGGUUUGCACAGCACCGGGGAAAACUGUGCUCACAAUAUCCUUUUAUUUUCAUGAUACAAAUAUAUGUACAGAUAUAUGCACACAAAUCAUACCAGACCUCUGUGUCAUGAUAUGAGACCUGCAUCUUUAUGUGCAUUUAUUCAAUACGUUGCGAAAUCAGCCCUCCUCAUGUAAAUAGUUGUGAAUGCAGUUCUCCUGUUUACUUAGUUGUUUAUAUGAUUCUGAUAAGUUUGUACUGUACUUACGCUUAAAACAGCAAGUGCUUUAACAAGUCCUUUAAAUUCAUGAACGCCGUUGGGGGCCAACCUGUUUGAGUUUCCAAAGCUUUGUUCUUUGCAGUACUCAAUCCUUGCACCUAACAAUGUUCCUGUUCCAGGCCUUUGACCCGGACUAUUUAUCACAACUCAUGUGAUGUCUUUCUUCUCUGCAGCUGACAGCACGCUCGUUACCAGCGGUGCAGUCUGAUGAACGACUCCAGCCGCUCCUUAACCACCUCAGGUAAGCAUCAGGAUUAAUAACUUUGCAGCCACUUGGCCAGGACUCCGUUGAAAAAGAGAUUUAGCAGGAUUGAUCUUUGGCACCAAAGAACAUUGGAGGCUUGUGGCAGAUCUGAGUAAACCCAAUCUGUCCCCGUAGACAAGUCCAGAUGUUUUGUGAACUUGUGGUGCAGGGAGACGUGUGCAGAAUCAUUUAUUUCUAUUGUUGAGGUUACCCAGUCUUGAUGUAAUGAGGACAAUGCAAUAUGUUGCUCCUGUAGUUUGUCACGCUCUCAGUUCACAGGUUUAUAAUCAGCAACAAUAAGUAAAUGUUGUAGUGGUUGGGUUUAUUCCUAACAGGCAUAUCUCAUAGUGAAAAUCGUGAGAAAACAAAACAACACAUGAUUGUGAAGUUACAAACUAGUGUUACUUCCUGUAACAUGAAGCUGUUUUAUAUGAAGAGGUGAUGCAGAGGAGAUGUUGCAUCACAAGGUCGGGUUAUUGCUUCAUUUAGGAUCUUCUCUCAAACUGCCUGUUUUUCAGAUUAGUAUUUUACAUUUAUUCAUCACCGGAGCGCCUGAGCAUGUUUGAAGCAUCUGUUGCACAUGUGCUCUGAAUGUUAAGGCCUUAAGCUUGUUUUUUGAAAAGAGUUCAAACUUUCACACCAUUAGAUUUUAUAAUCCUAGAAAAUUGCUUUUUUUUUUUAGUCGCAUGAUUAACAUUUCUUCGAUUUUACAUUUCGAAAUACUUUUAGUUCACAUUAAUUGCUACACAAAUGCUGCACUGAUAGAUGCCAGUGUGGUCUAAAACUGUCGCCUACAGGUUGGAGACAGCUUCAGGGUGCUGAUUCUGUAAGAUAUAGUCUUUACAGUUGGUGUAACAGUGAAAGUGGAGUUUCAGAUGGGUUUCUGUUUCUGUUUCACACAUGACAUGUAUGUGUGGAGUAUUGAUCCACACCUGUAGGGCUGAUACAACCUGCCAACCUGAGGGUAUGCUCCUAACAGCGCUCUGUCAGCUUUUGGAGUGCGGUUGCCAGCUGACACCAGUCUGCUUUGCUGCACCUGUAUGCCGAUCUUUUAAAGUGGAAGCUUUGACUCAAACUACUUCAGUGGUAUUUGAAUUCCUCUUAACGUAAAGUGCAUGCUGCUUUUGACCUCCCAACCUAGAGUCUUUUUUUCUUUUAAAAUGACAUUCAAAAGUUUAGCGACGGUAUUUUCCAUCACGACAUCAGCACCGGUAGUGGCUUAAUAAUGGUGUACGGAAAGAGACAAAGACGGCAAACGGAAAAAGAAAUUACAGGUUGUUGUUUUUUUUAACUUUGGAUCUGAAUGCCUUUUAACCACGACUAAGUUAACGCUUAAUCAGCAAGCACAGCACAGUGAGCCUUUUUUUUUUUUUAAUCCAAAGACUGGAGAAAGGACGCAAAUAAAGGUUUUGAAGAAGUCACGUUAUCUGAUUAUUGAUUCGGAUGAGUGUUCAGGCCAACAACCUCCCUUGUGUCCUGCCAGAUUGUUUGGCAGGACAUUACAAGAGGGAUUUACGAUGUGAACAGCUCUUGUUAUUUUGUCCAUUCCUAAAGAAAUACUCUGUUUGUUGAAGUAUGUCUGUUGGGAUCUUUUCUCUCAGCUCCUAUGUAAGCCUCCAUGACUCUAAUAUUGUACCUUUUUAAGAUGAUUGCCUGUUUCCCGAAGGCCCCACCAAUUUAUGAUGCCCAGUGUCAUUUUUUUAAUAAGCAGCCCUCCUGUUAAUCACUACCUAUAACCCGUUUAAGUAACACAGUGGUGAUUGAUAUUGUGGCCCACUGAUGAGAGCUUCUGCGUUUUUACAGUUCUGCAAACUGAGUGUCUGUAGCAACAGUACCAGGUAAAUCACCGGCAGUGCAACUUUGUGACACAUUUUCUUUCACUGCUCUCUGCCAGAGAGGUUAGGCAGAGAUAACCUGAAAUGAUUGCUCUACAGAUCACUUUUGUUUGAAGCGGCAUGAUGAUUUUCUGGUGUCUGCUUGAGUUUCAGGAAAACAGAACCAGCGACUGUGGCUUUAAAAAAAGGUUGUUAUUUUGAUGUCCUGUCUCCAGUGCCCGCUCUUUUACUAAUUUUCAUAGAGGAAAUGUCACCCAAAGUUAAAUCAGUUUUCCUGGCAGCACUUGGAAAUGGCAGCCCUUUUGACAUUGUGUUAUAACUAAAAACUGUCCUGAUCUUUUUUUUUAAACUGCUUCCUUAUUUUAGUCACGCCUACGUGGGACAAGAUUACAGCAUCCAGAAGAAUGUCGGGAAAAUCUCCCUGGAACAAAUUGAUCCAGUAAGUUGCAUCUAAAUGUCAAAAUAAAAUGUUUAAAUGUGUAAAUAAACUGUGUUUGUAAAGGAUUUAUCUGUUUCUGAAGCUUUCAGGAAAGUCCUUCCCGCUCUGUAUGAGGCAGCUCCACCAAAGCCUCAGAGAGAACCAUCAUCUCCGCCAUGGUGGUCGUAUGCAGUACGGCCUCUUCCUCAAGGGAAUCGGCCUCUCUCUGGAGCAAGCUCUGCAGUUCUGGAGGUCUGAGUUCAUUCGAGGCAAAGUGGAUGCAGACAAGGUAAGAUUUACAUUAUACUUGUAACCCUUUUUUUCUAGGUUACUUCCAGCCUCUUAACAGUGGAUAGGGCAGAAAACUGGGAAUAACUAACUCUUGAGAUUAGCGCUGGGCGAUAUGGCCUCAAAUCAAUAUCACGAUAUAUUGAGCAGUUCACCUCUGUAACGAUAAACCCCCUCCAGCAUUAACUUCGUCUACUUCAGCCGCGACAACUUUUAAACCGUCCUCCAUCUCCUCACCUGACUUUCCCUCUUUGUUACGGACUGAAUGGGGUGGAGUCAAGUCUCUGACGUACGACAGCAUCUUAAAGGGACAUGAGACCAUAGCCUACCUAACCACAUCCAAGACCACCUUUUAUUUAUUUGUUAUUUUGACACUAAAUAUACAGAUAUGGGCAAAAUGACGUUGGUUAUUGUAAAUUUCGGUAUCUGUAAAUUUUUGGUUUAUCGCCCAGCCCUAGUUGAGAUUCAGAAUAUGUUGUUCUGUAGAAUAGAGAGGUGUUGAUGGAGUGUAGGGUCACAGUGAGAUCUGUAGAGACUCAAUUAGCAACAUGUUCAACAACAUUCAAAGUUUUACUUUUGUUGAAAAAUAAAGCCAGGGCAGCAGUGCCAUCUGCAGUUCUGUAAAUGUCCACUAGAGGCUCACUCCUCAAGGCAACACUUACUGUAUUAACUCACAGCUUAUACUUCACUCGUCCAUUUCAUAAUCAACCGAAUUAGACACCUCUCCUUUCAAACUUCUCAUUUCAUAUUAUCUAUCAUUAUUUUCAAAACAAAAUGCUCCCUAAUUUUAAUAUCUUUGUAUCAACGCCUUUUCCCCUGUAUCCUUUACAUCUUGAAAAAACUAAGCAUUUCUUUUUCUUUAUCCUUGAACGUUGGAUAAGUGGACUGUAGGUCAACCUUCAUGCUGCCUCUGCCUCUUCAAAGAGCUAUUCACCACUUUACAAGGAGGUUUCAUUGGUGGUUCAAGGGCAUAUUGAUCAAAAGAAAAUGAACCGGUAUCAUUACCAGCUCUUGGUGCUGCGAUGAGGUUAAUGAAGACCUAAGUGGUUGUGGAUUCAGUUAUUGUUCCUCUCAGUAAAAGACAGAGAGGCAGUCAAGACGCUUAAUGGUUCCCUGUGAAGAGAAACCUCCAUGUUAAUGUAGUUACACUAAUAACAGGAGGAAACGUGUUUAAACAGCCAUCACGUUGUGUGUGUUUAUUAUUUUUGAUUGAUGAUUGAAAAUACUGACCAUUAUUUAACAGCUCCAACAUAAUUGUAAACCCCUGACAUCAAGAGCUGCAGCGUUUUGUUUCCUUGGCUCGGCCUUGAAGAGCCGCAGAUAUGUUGUUGUGAAGUGACUCAGCUUGGCUUGAGUACAAGGUUUAGCCCUAAAAGUGUUAAUGCAUCUCCUAGUUAUAGAGCUGUCGAGAAAACAACCUUCGCUUCAACAGAUAACUGCCUCGAUUAAAACUUCGAAACUGUUAAAACAUUCCUCAACACUUCGUCUGGGCUUUUACGUCUCAGAGGUGAGCUGCGGUUCAGACAUCACCGUGGGUUUUCAGACGCUUUGUUUACAUGGAGCUGUUUGGAAAUUCUCUGUCGAUGCCUUGAACCAUAAAGCUUGUGAAGCAUAAAUGAGCUUUCUGUUUAAGGGAAUUAUCUUAAUCUAUUGUCAUUGUCUGGAGUGGCAAAUAUAAAAAAUUAAACCAAGUCAGUAACGCUUUUAAAGUGGCACCUCUCCAUUAUGAGCAUAUCUUAAUGAUAGUUUAACAACAACGGGAGGCAAUUGGAAACUAUUUAGGUAAUCAGCUGAGGUAUGAUCCCAUCUACCUUUUUAUUCUAAAGAUAAACUUUAUGUUUACAGUUUUAUUCCUCUCCUUCAUGUCAGCCCAAACGGUCUUCACUUUCUGCACUGCACAAGAAUAACCAGAGCCUAUGCAAAUUCUGCCCAGAUUUGCUGGAUAGAUAAUUACGAAUAUUUGCAGGCUGAACCUAACUCACAUGACAUGAUUAUUUAGGAUGUUCAAAGCAAACUGGCUUCUGUAAAAAUCAGUUAUUCCUCCAUCUAGGUCUUUCGAAGGUGUAGGGAGGCAGAAUCGAAAGAUGUAAUCUCGAAUUCAUUCAUAACUUUCCUUAAACUCCUUCAGGACUUUGUUUUAAAAAACUAAAAGAGGGUUUUAGAGUGAAGACGUUAUCUCUCUUGGUCGUCCGUUGCUUAUUUGGGCCUGCUUUUCUGCAUGUGUGAACCCCCCUGAUUUGAAGUUGAAGUUGGUUCGACCCUCCAACACAGUUCAGGUUUCUCAUGUGGCCCCAUGUAAAAAUUAAUUGCCCACCCCAACAUUGGACUAACAAAAAAGCCCCAAUAAAAUGUUGAAAAUUAGUUAAACCUUAAUAUAUUUCUUUGUCAUAAAACUCUUUGAUUGAUAAUAAAUUCAAUUUGAGUUGUUUCUUAAAACUUAGCUUCAUUUUUUAGUUAAAUAUCUUUGCCGUCUCAUCAGCUGUGCGACAUAUUUUACUUGAAAUGUUUAUUUUUUUAACUUCUAUUUACAAACUAAAAGCCUAAAACAUCCUUCAACCCUGACACGCACCCUCUGCAGAGCGGAGUCUGCUGUACUCACUUUGGAUGGGAUGCGGGCCUCAAUCUGUCAGACAGUGAUUUGUAGAGGUGAAUCACGCGGCUGGCAUCAUGAAACUUCAGGUAGUUGAACUCUUUCUGACUGUGGACACGUCUUGCAUCAGCCGGCAAAAGUGUCCGGGCGCAUGUCGGGGGAAUAUCUAGAGUCUCAGUUUUCCUGCAGGAGUCACACUUCCAGCAGCGAUGAGAGGACACAUCAAAGCGCUCUCGCUUGACUUUGAUGCAAAGAUACACGGAGAGGCCUUCGUGUUUUUAGGGUGAUCAAUCAAAUCUGAUACUUUGUCAGACGCUUUUUUCCACACCUCAAGUACAAAAAAGUACAAAAUAAGAAGGAAAGGCAGAAUUUAAGUUGGUUUAACUGGUGUGAAAGUGACACUCGCGUAGUUUUAAGCCUCAUUGUUCAGUAUUAUCCACUCUCCCUUUAAAUGCUAUAAUACUUUUCGACAGAUCAAUUUUCCUACAGGGAAAGUGGUUUCUUUGCAGACGAAUUUCACAUCUUAUUCCAUAAUAUCACAAACUGAUUUGUCUCCAGGAGAACUAAAGGACUUAAUUUCACUUUUUCAUUUUACUGUUGUUAAAGAUUCGCCUCCUGCUUGACACGAUUAACUGCUAUGAGAACAUUAUUUAGCUCUGACCUUGGGCUAAAGUUGCAGAGACGAUGUGUCUGAUGUUUUAGAAAAAAGCUAAAAAAGAAAGAGUAAAAUUUAGUUCGUCUAUUUAAAUACUUUCACAAAGGACGUAUUGGAGGUCAGCGCUGAUAUUUUGAGUUUUAAUUUUAUGAACUCACUAAAGACUUAUGCAUCAAUAGAGUUGAAAUGAGAUCCGUGGAUUUCACAGUCCCUUUUGUGUCGCUACAAACACGAGCUGUAAAAUAAGCGGUCUUGUCAGUGACACCUGUUACAGCAGCUUUCAAGACGCCAUUAAGACUCGUUUUGAGCAUCCGUCUCUCUCCCCUUCAGUCCCUCCUGCCCUAAUGUCUGUUAUUGGCCCUGAGUAACAGCCGCAUGGCAGAUACAGCACACUGAACUCACGUUACAGCCCACUUUGGAGCUCCAUUUCUGAAAGUGGCGUCCAUCCCGUGUACCAGCUUGCUGAGAAAGUGUGAUGGGCUGUGCACAAAACCCAGCAUUUGUUCCAUAGCAGAAUGGUGCUGACCACAUCGCAGCUCUCACAAUGAUGUAUGUGUUAAGUCGGAGACUGCACUUUGUGGCAGGCUGCACAAAAGGCUGCUCAUUAGUAUGCGACAGGCACCGAGAAAAAGAUGGGAGGCAGCGAUGCCGAAAGGAAGGCCUGGAGGAAGAGGCAAUGUAAUAUUAGACUAGAGGGAGAGGGAGAAUUGAUGAAAUCAACUUGAUCUGUCCAUUUUUCUUUUCAUGGAAGUCAGCCUAUUCAUUUUGGUGUGUGUCUAUUUGCAGCACACUUGAGUGUUUUGUAAGGCCCUGGGGAAGGACUGCUUCUGAACUGCUUGUUUUACAGAUGUUAACUCCAGGUUAAUUAAUUUCCACUAACUGACACCAUUUUUCACGUUAUGCUUUGGUUUGCUGUGGGCCUUAAUCCAACAGAAGAGGAGAUUCAUCAGAUGACACCUCAUAUUAGCUGCUCUUAGAGUUGGGUUUAUAAAUGUACACCAUGAUGUGUUUUAUUUAUAUCAACACUUGUUGUUUUAGCCCCGGGUCCUUCUUUGCUAACCUGUUCAUAAACAAAGCCUUUUUAUAGUGCCUUAUGGGUCUGCAGGAAGACAUCCAAGAGAGACUCGUCUCAGAUUCUGUGCCAGAGCAUUUCUAAUCUGUUAUCCUUAAAAAGAAGCAUUGAGUAAAACGCAUCAACAUUUAAGCAGAAAAGAAGUUGUUUUUGAAGUUAUUUAAACCCUUACAUUAAAAAGAAAGGAGUUCAGAAAUAAAGGAGAAAACAAAGCAACAAAUCUGUGUAAUACGCCCUGAACAAAUUUAACAGGUUACUUGCCAAUACAUGAUCUGACAUAAAAAAGAGGAUUCUGUACAAUAAAAUCUACAUUUAGUAAAGAAGUAUACAGAAGGUAUUUUUAAUCAUUACUCACAAUUUAUUUGGAGAACACAAAACUGUAGAUUCGUGGCUAAUUUCUGACCAGUCACCAGCAGAGAGAGGACGAUGCUGAGCGGACAAACAGCACAGAAACACAAACUAGAAAGGGGAGCUGAACAAGAGAGACAUCAACCAAACUGAAGAAAACAGCCAUGUUUUGGGCUCUUUUAGGAUCUUUUAUAGGCGCUGCUGAUAUUUUAUGCAUCUAUUAUGAAUGCUUACAGAGACAUACUAAUAUUUUAACUUUGCUGUGAAUGAAAAUGUUAAAUUGGUGUGAUUAAUAACAGUAAUGCAGGUUUAUGUCCACCCAUGACGCACUAUCAACCAUCCAAUCUGAGGGUUUUUACAAAUGAAUCAUCUUCAAAUCAGCUGGAUCAUCUUUAACUCAUUACUUAGCGCCAACUUGAUAAUAUCUUUAGUCAAUAUCUGGAUAAUAAGCAGGAUAACAGAUGGUGAGUGGGCGGUAAUAGAGUCCCAGCGGGGUCAUCACACAUCAUCCUUUGCGUUUUUGUUUUUAAUUUUGAAUCUUAAAGUUUUCCAAGUGGUUUGAACACACAGCCAAAGUUAUCUGAAAACAUACUGUGUAUUUACAUUAUGUAUAUGUUGGCUGUAUGAUUAUAAUGAACUCUAGUUUCCAAAACUGAACCUGAUUACACUCAGACUCUUCACGUAGUUUUUGCAAAAUGUUUUAAAACUCUCAAACUUAAAAAAUCAAUCAUCACGGUUUGUAAUCUGAUAAAUAUUUUUUGCACAAGAGUGAUUUUUCAGUAAUAUCAAUGAUCACUUUAUUCUCUUUAAUCUUAGUUUUUAAUUAUCUUGAGGGAACCUUCCCAAAAGGAUUAAAAAAAAGUUAUAUCUUCUCUAAUCUAAGUAUGGUAGGAUGACAGCGAGCCAACAGAGCGGUAACAGGAGACUGAAGCUGAAGCUAUUUGAUGGAAAUCAGACGUCAUUCUUUAAGAUUUUACACCUGUUUUUUCCUGCCUUUUUGUAUUUUUAUAACAUGCCACCUCCAUUGAAGAUAAUACAAACAUUUAAAGAAGACGAUGAGUUUUUUUCUGUUUUUAACUCAAGUUGCAUCGUCAGCGUUUCCAGCUCACCAUUGCCUUUAACUUUAAUUCUCUGCUUGUGCAUCGGGUGUAAAUGACCUUUUAAAAAAGUCCAAUUUACUUACUCUUCCUGCGACAUCAAACUUCGAAACUUGGUUACACUUGCAGUAUUUUUAUGGCCCCCCCAACCCUUUAUUGUUUUUAGCUUCUUUUAAAAGGCCUGCAGUGCAGAUUAAAAAGGGAAGUAUUUUAAAUGGUGUUAUAUUCAGGAGAAAUCAGAGCUACAGGCAAAUCAGUCACUAUGGACUGAGCCUAAGAAGCGCUGCCAAGUUUACACACAAGCACGCACACACACGUACAUAAUCCCUUUGAUUGUGUCCUAUUUCUCUCUCCCCGUUGCCGCAGGUUUUUGUGAAUGUGUCCUCGAGUGUGGGGGGAUGUGACAGUGAUGCAGCCCCACGAGCGGCUCUGUGCACUGAAAGAUCUGUAGCUCUGCUCCUUUAAUGCAUUUUAUGGGCUGAUAUUGUUGUGAUUCCUUCAGUUUGGAGGUCAGCUGUAUUGAGAAAAUAUCCAGGAUUAUCUGAAAUGAGAUGCAGCCGAUAUGGAAGAAAAAGACGUUGCAGGCUGUUUUACAUAACACGUAACAGAAAAAGGCAAAUCUCUGCUGCUUUUAAGGACAAGCGGUUUUAGGAGACGUCAAAUCAGAGACAUUCAAUCAUUCUCUGUAAUGUCUAACUUGAUUUCAGUCUGGGUUUUAAAAGUUUAGCCACAGACCUGCUUCACUUUUUCUCCCCCACUGAAGUCCUUAAAUCAGCGACUUUAGCUAAAAGAAACUCUCCGUCUCCUCUGAAAGGAGUGAAAAUUUAAUAUCAUAUCAUUUCCAAGUCUUUGUAUUACUCUUUCUUUGACCACAUAGGAUUCUUAACAUCCCAAUUAUUUCACAUAAUACAUAUUAAACACACUCUAGUGCCAGUGGAGUUCCAAGAUUAGUUUUAAUAGAGUAGGGGGGUCUUAAAUCAGGAAAUUGCCUCUUGAAUCCUUAGAAGCUCUACAUAAUUAAUAUUUGAUUUACUGUACUUAAAGAAGAUUUUAUGGCUUUUUAAAUUGCCACUGCAGCUUGUCACAUUAGCGAGUUCAGGGGGUUUUAUUGCAACAUUAAUGUGUUAUGAUGGGUGCAGUCGUGGUGAUUGUGUUCUGCCACUGCUGGAGAACACUGUGUGUAUUUUACUGUUUGAUUUUUAAGGGCAGGAUCCCCGUAAUUCAUUUUUAUGGUCGCUCGUAAGCAAAAAGGGGUUCACUGUGAAGAUUAUGAAGAGUGACCUCCAUUAAAAACGAUGAAGGAUUUUUGGGGGGUUCAAGGCAACCAGAGUCAGGAGAGAAAUUAGUGUGAAGGUUUGAGGACGUCAUUUUUCAGUUUAUUGAUAUAGUUUACUUGGAAGACAAGAGAGCUGAUCAGAGAUGAAAAUAUUAAAAACCUGUGGCUGCAAACAUCAGUCUAGUAUUUAUCAAUCUGCCUAUUGUAUUUCAGACCAAACUCCAAAUUGAAUGUGGUGUCCUUAACUUAUUAAACAAAAUUAAAAUUUCACCAAAGUGCUUUAAGUUUAAGCUUCCACCAAAGAGCUAAGCACACAGGUGCUGAUGCCAGCAGACAGCAGCUUCACAGAAGACAGUGGAGAAGUAUUCUGAAGUCAGGAUGGGCGAUAUGGGCUAAAAAAAUGUAUCACAAUAAGAUUUGCCGUUCUGGCGAUGACGAUAAAAGUCCCGAUAAGGAAUAUUAUAAUUCCAGUCUAUAUUUUUGACUCAUUUUCUCUUGGAGUGGACGAAUAAGAUACUUAACCACAAGUUUGAGUGGUAGGUUAUGGAGAAAAAUAAUGACAUCAAACAAGUCUUAAAUGUGAAAACAUUUUCAACAUUUGUUGAAAACUCUUAUUACACAGAGUGAACAGCAGCAGAUCCACUGUACGAUGUCAGGGGUACCCGAAUGCGUUCGUCUAAACCCCAAUCUUGAAUGAAAUACCUCAUGUGGAAACUCGUUCAGGAACGAGCUGCUCAGAAACGUCUUCUUCAUCACCUUCGGCUGCGAGUCCGUCACUCAUGCUUAUUUCAUCAACUUGCAUUUAUCAAAUUUUUUUGUGAGAUAGCAAAUAUUUAUCAUGGAGGAUUUUUCUGACGAUAUAUCAUGAACGAUAAUUUAUCGCCCAUCCCAAAUUCCGAAGCGUCUUAAUCACCUCAGAGCUGCAGCAUGGGACCUCCCAGGUUGGCGUGUUGUGACCGGUCCAGGGUUCCUACGUUAGUAUGGAAAUAAAUUUGAUCAAUUUUCCAGGUCUUAAAAAGUAUGAAAAAUGCAAAAUAAAGUAUGGAAAUAUAUUUAUAUAUCCAGACUAUUACCAAAAUACUGUUUUCUAAUAUAGAAAAGUAAGUAUUUCCAUAAAUAACUCCAAACAGUAGGGGAAGGAAAAGUAUUGAAAUUCCAACUGUGUAGGAACCCUGCCGGUCAUUUACCGUAGAGAAAGAGAAAAACACCCAAACUGAAACUCCUCAAAAGUGUAAAACCUGAUGCAUUAACCAGCAAUCUCUGGAUGUCAGAAUAAUUAACAAAUAACUGAAUCCUAUAUUGAAACUGAGCGGACAUCUUAUACAUGCACUCUUGCAUAUUUCAUCAUGUGUUAAAUGUUUGAAGCUGUUAAUUGAGGCUUAAAAACUUGUUAAUUUUAACACCUUCACUGGAGAAUGGAAAAGAUCCUUCAGCUUGGAUGAGUGUCAGAUAAAUUAAUUAUCACACAGUCAUAAAUCAGUGUGAUAAGAACUAAUUAGAAGAGCAGAAAGCGUGUAUGUGAGAUGAAUAUUUCUCACAAAUGUUGAUUUUAUAUUGUGACCCAUGUUCUAUAUGUUAGCAUAGAGGAGGAGGAGUUUAUGACCAGUAGGGGGAGCUCUAACUCUCUUGGCUUCACUUUUUAGCAGCUGUUAUGUCUUUGACAGAGUCCUUUGAUUUGAUGUUUUUAGGGUUUCCUCUCAUCUUGUUUGAAAACUGUUAAAUUUUUUUAACUUUGCAGGGUCUUUAGCAGCAAAUUAAACGAAAUCCUCAAAGAACCUCAGAGGUGUAGUGCGUCUUUGUAACCACUCACAAGUGGGAGAAAUCGAAAAUGUGGUUAGUGACCUCUCCUAUUCAGUGGUUGUUUGUAGAUUGUAACCAUAGCUGUCAAUUUUGUAGUGGAAGGAACAGUUUUGUGUGUGAAGAAAACAGCAAUAUUGGUGCAGGAAAGAGUCGAUUUGAAACAGUCAUCGCCGAAAGCUCCAUACAAGCUCAGACUCUUCCAAAUCUCUCUGCAUUUGAAGAAAAACUUGUGUUAUUGCUUUAUUUUUUUUAAGUGUGAACAGAGGGUGCAGAUUGUUGUGAUAACAGGCUCACUGUAUUUGGAUUUCCUCUUUUUAUUUUUUCAUCUCAAUCUUAUUCUUCAUGCCGUGACAAAGUGCUCUUCAGGACAAGGGUUAGCAGUAAUGAGGGGGAAGAUGUUCAGGUUACACUAUCCAUAAUUCAGCUCUGUUGAGUGUGUGGCGACACGUCUACAGCAGGUUCUCUCUAAUAGCUCUAUAUUUCAUGGAGGAAAACACCCUGUCAAAACUGACAUGAUGUAUGACAAUGUCUCUUUUCACCCCAACCUUGUCCCUCCUUAUACUCUCAUCCUCACUAAUGCCUUCUCCUCCUCUCACCCCUCAUCUCCCUCUCUCUCCAUCUCUCUGUAGUUUGACAAACAAUAUGCCUACAGCAUCCGCCACAUGUUUGGCAAAGAAGGCAAGCGAACAGACUACACCCCCUACAGUUGCAUGAAGGUGAUUUUAUCAAACGCACCGAGCCAGGGCGACCAUCACGGUAAGUUAACAGCUGUGAGAAGAGAAAACACGACUCAUGUGUUAACUCACAGGCUGGUCUAAAAGUUAGUGCACAGAGUUAGUGUGAAAAAUGAUCAUGCACAUCGCUUCUUAUAUUCUAAUUGGUUAUCUAAACAUCACUUUCUAUAACCUCUUUUUUCAUGUGGCUCCCACAGGAUGUCCGUUUCGUCACAGUGACCCAGAACUGUUGAAGCAGAAGCUUCAGUUCUACAAGGUGUCUCCCAGCGGAAUCAGUCAGGUGGGUGGUGCCCUAUUUUUAAAGUCUGUAGGAGUCUCAAACGGCCGGACAGCCCACUACCCACCAUCAUCCUGACCAAGCAAACAUGUAAAGGAUUGUUUUUUACGGUUUUAUAAAAUCUCUGUUGAAAAAAGAGUCAAAUCUUCACAAACCAGUCGGUACUACUCCUCUGCCGCUCAGCAGCUGAAAGAAGAGCCAUAAAUCUGACUCUAAAGCGUAUACAGUGGAGUUAAUACUUACAUUUAAAACAGCUGAGACUCACCACUGCAGAGCUGGUUUUAAAUAUCAGCACGUCAUUGACCUGAAAUGUGUUUUUAAUUUUACAAAACAUCCAGAGCAACAGAAAUCUAAAGAGAAAUGAGACCGCUGUGUCGUACUGCAGGCUUAAACAGCGUCCUCUUGCAGGCGUGGUGUUUCCACUUAAUUUCCAGCAGUGUUUCUUCAGUGCUUUCCAACAUCUCUUGACUUGCUCCGCUGUAAUUGUUCGAAGACUGGCGUCCCGUUGCUCGUAUGUGUCAGCUUUUCAGUGCUUUCCCUAUCUAACCUUCCAGGUUUAUUUUAAUUCUUUCACUUCCAAAAGACAAACUCUGUGUCUUUGCAGCUGCACCCAGAAGCAAGAUGUCCCCAAUGCUGCUGCGAUGUUUGUUAUGCUAAUAUGUGACUUGGCCAAGGUAGUUGCCAGCUGUUAGAAACUGGAGUAAGGCACAUAUACGCCAAGUGAUCAUGUUUUUUCAAGUUUUUAAAGUAGCAGAAUUGAGUUUUCAAAACCAGGAUAAGGACUUCUUCUGGCAUCUGAAGAGUGGAUGUAAUGUUUACAUGCACACACACACAAAUGAGACGCUUAAAAAAAAAAUAACAGAAAGUUACUCAAGCUUAUGUAAAGGCACUUAUUGACUUCAAAGCAAAGAGCUAAUAAACUGAUUUUUAGCAGGUAUAGGGUCCAAUAUAGGAAACAUUAAUGAUUCACAACACCUACCUAUGAUUAAAUUAAUAAUAAUAAUAAUAAUAAUAAUAAUAAAUGUAUUUGUAUAGCACUUUUAAAAACAGAAGUUUAAAAAAUGCGUUGACAUAUAGUCAUAAAGCACAUGGAAAAAUCCAAUCCAGGUUUAUUUAUAAAGCACUUUUAAAAACAACAAAACGCUGACCAAAGUGCUGUACAGUUAAAUUAAAAACAAUAAAAAACAGACAUUUGACAUGAACAAUAAAACAAAGACACAGGAACACAUUAAAAACAGGGGGGCAUAGAUGGUUCAGUAAAAACAUGAUUUAAAGGCCAAGUUCUCAGGAGUUAAAAGCCAAAGAGUAAAAUGGUUUUCAAGUUUGAUUUAAAGACAGGCAGUGAGGGGGACAGUGUGACUUUGAGAGGAAGAGCAUUCCAGAGCUUAGGCGCAGCAAUGGAAAAAUUCCGGUCACCCCUGAACUUUAAUCUUGACCUAGGGGACAGUCAGAAGGCGCUGGUCAAAGGAUCUGAGAGUCCGAGAUGAAAUAUAAGGUUUUAAAAGGUCAGAGAGAUAUAAAGGAGCAAGCCCGUUUAAAGGUUUAUAAGUUAAUAAUAAAAUUUUCAAAUCAAUCCUAAAAACCAUGAUUCUGCAAGAACCAUGCAACAUAAAAUGAGACCAAAAGGAGAGAUAAAAACAUAAAGCUCAGUUAAAACGGAACUGAAUGACAAAAAUGACAAGGCCCAACACACUAAUAUCCACAAAAAGAGCGAAAAGAAAGAGAUGUGUAGAGCCUGUUUGGACUAGAGCUCUUUCUUUCUGGAUUAGGCUGUACGCUCUACCUCUCCCUUCACUCGGACAGUGAUAACAGAAGAGGGAGAAGAAAAACCACAGCCAGGUCAAGAAGCCCGUUGGUGCUGAAGCCUCACCCCCUCCAGGAUUAGGCUGCAUGCUCUACCUCCCCAUUUUCCCCACUGGAAUUUUACCAUCUUUUUAUCCAGCACUUUUCAUUUCCUCUCAACCUGUCUGAGUAAUGCUCACACGGCACUGAAGCGCUGAAUCAUGUCAGAGUGAUAUUGCUCACUUCUGCAUAAAAAAGAAAGACAAAAAUAAGGCUCACAGCGCAGUAAGUGUUUCCGCGGUUAUUGCUGGUCUUUGGUGAGCAUUUCUGCAAAUGUUCUAUUACAUUGCAUGACACAGAAAUAAUAAAAACUGCAAUAUCUGGCGGAAACUGAAACAGCUCAUCUCUGCAGCCCGUGGUUCUGAGCACGCUUGUGGCGGUGUCAUGCUGAAGGCAGCCUUCAGGAAUAUGGGAAAUAAUGAAGGAGCCAUAUACAGGCACUUUCUUCUCUGUGAGUCCCUCUCUCAGUAGCUGCUGAAGACCCUGGAUUUGCGAGUCAGGGGGGUCAGACACCCACAUGUGCUGCUGUGCUGACACUACACUUGUUUAUGUGCAAGAAUUGGAGAGCAGCGAUGUGACUCAACAGAAUCCAGGGCUUUUAAAUAUCUGCUCACAUCUCCCCUUUUAAACUAAGAAAAGAGCCUCAGAGAACCAGAGGGGAAUAAUUCCCAUAACUGAGAUUUACCACAGGACUUGAAGGUGUAACAGUUGCCAGCGGUUGUUCUACAAAGCACUGACUCAGGGUAUAAAUAUUCAAAUAAGACCAAAUAAGCCUGUGAUCUGUUUUCAUUACUUUUGCAAAGAUCCUGUGAAGGAUGAAGUCAGAGCUGUCAUCAUGAUUAAUGAGGAACGUUCAUGUAGGUAGUCGACUGCAAGCCGAUUAAAACAAGUUUGAUAUAGAGCUGCGGUAACACAAAAUGUUGUCAGUGUCUCCUGUGAAUGCAAUCUGUCAGUAUCUGAUGUGUAUCAGCUUAAGGAAGCAGUCAAACUCAAAGCUAACCGCUGCCCUGAAACUUAUCUUUUCUCUCGCUUCUCUCGUCGCCUUUUUUUGCAGAUCCUGGAGCUGGUUAAAGGAAUGCACUAUCAGCUGGCCUGCCAGAAGUACUUUGAGCUGACGCACAAUGUAAGCUCGGGUUUAAUUUGGAGUAAGGGGGGGUAACUGGGGCUUCCUGUGUCAGAGCUGUGUGAAAACCCUGCGAGUGGAGGGGGUCAUUAACACCAUGUCCUUUCAGCCCUGGGUGCAUACUUAUUAUAUUUAAGCUCUUUGAGUUUGAUUGCCUGAGUCAUCGUCACUCUCAGCCACACUCAGGGUUCAGCGAGGGGAAAAGUAUAAGUCUGCAACUCUAUUUGCCUUUGACAUUAAAAGCAUGAUAUCCAGCUGAGUUUGGCACACAGUUCAUGUGUUGGAUUGUUUCAUCGAAAUUCAAGGACUUAUUUCACAGUAUGAAACAACAUGACUCACAGAAACGCUUGGAACAGCACAGCAUCUCUACUUUGUUUUGAGAAAAGUUCAAAUUAAAUAGGUCAUUGGAUGAUAAACAGCUUUUAACGUAUUUUUGAGUUGAUUGAAUCUGUCGACUGAGCACAGAAUUUAUAAUUACUGGCCUUAAAAUGCUUUUUGUUAUGAUAUAAUUACUUAUUAAAAUGCAUUUAUCGUGAUAUGUUUACUCAGUAACACUACAGCCCUCUUUAAUAGAAAGAUAUAUUCGACUUCAUGCCUGCACACUCAGUAUGAAGUUUAACCAAGGUGCUCGGCUAAGCUUAGCUUAUCUUGGCUCAACAUAGCUUAGUAAGCUUAGUAUAAAAGACGGGGGACAUGAAGGCUGGCUCUCUCAUUUGUUCAAAACUUUACCCACCUUAAAAGCUCCUGUAGAGAUCACGAAACAGCUCUGUGUGCCUCACACAUGGAUAAAUACAUCCUGAGGAAAUAGAUUAGAGGAGAUUAGAUUAGAGUAAAGUAGAUAACAGUAGAACAGAGUAGAAUAUGUUAGGGUAGAUAAAUUCAGAUUACAGUAGAGUAUAUUACAGUAGAUCAGAUUACCGUAGAUUAAUUUAGAUAACAGAAGAGUGGAGUAUAUUACAGUAGAUCAGAUUACCGUAGAUUAAUUUAGAUAACAGAAGAGUGGAGUAUAUUACAGUAGGUCAGAGUAAAAUUUAUCAGUGUAGAUUAGAUUACAGUAGAUUAAAUGAGAUAACUGUAGAGUAGAAUAUAUUAGGGUAGAUAAAUUAAGAUUACAGUAAAUUAGAAAACUGUAGAGUAGAUUACAUUUGAGUAGAUUAGAUAACAAUAGAUUAAACAGUAGAGUAGAGUGUAUUACAGUAGAUCAGAGUAGAAUAUUUUGGAGUAGAUUAGAUUAUAGUAAAGUAGAGGAAAGUAAGUAUUGGUAGACUAGAGUACAUUCAAGUAGAGUAUUUUGAAGUAGAUUACAUUAUAGCAGAUUAAAUGAGAUUAGAUUACAGUAGAGCAGAGUAAAGUAAAUAUUGGUAGAUAAGAGUAGAGUACAUUCAAGUAGAGUAUAUUGGAGUAGAUUAGAUAAGAUUACAGUACAGAGUAGAGUUGAUUAUGAAAGAAUAGAUUAGGGUAGAUUAGAUUUGAGUAAAGUAGAUUACAUCAGAUUAGUGUAGAUUUAAUUAAAGUAGAUAAGAUUACAGUUGAGUUCCUUAGAGUACAGUAAACUUAGAGUACAUUAAGUUAGAGUAGAUUGCAGUUGACUUGAUUGGAGUGAAGUAGACUGCAGCAAAUUAGUGUAGAUUAGAUUAAAGUAGAUUAGAUUACAAUAGAGUACAUUAGAGUAGAGUAGACUUUCAGAGUUCAUUAGAUUAUAAUAGAUUGCAGUUGACUUGAUUGGAGUGAAGUGGAUUAUAGUAGAGUAGUGUAGAUUUGAUAAGAUUAGUAUAGAGUAGAUCAGAAGCAUAGACUAUUAGAGUGCAUUGGAGUAGAGAACACUAUAUCAGAUUAGAGCAGAUUAGAUAAUAUACCAUUAAGGUUGUAAGUGCUAAAAAACUAAUUUGAAAUUAUUUUCCAGCAGAAUCUGUGAUCCCAUGUUAGUCUGAGCAUAAAGCAAGUAAUCAUCUCACUGAAAUUGUUGGACUGUCCCUUUAAUUCCUUUACUGUGGUGGGCUAAUGUACAGUGACAUAAACUUGACAGUGAUUGAUUAUGUUUGGAUAAUAAGUUUGCAUACAUGUUUAUUAUUCUCAACCCUGCCAACAAUUGAAGAAGGGCAAAGAUGUCUUUCUGCUGCUGUGCAGAAUUUACAAUUUCAAGAGGCCCAAAGCUGGUAAAAACAGAAAUCAAUCAAAGCAGAGAAGUCUAAACAAACCUUCUCCCUCCAGUUCAUCAAAAUGAUCGUAGAAUUUUGAUAUCUCUGCUCCCUCUGAGAGGAAAGGUUCUGGAGAUAUCUGUAACAAUUCUAACUGAUAGGAAAUGAUGAAAAAGGUCACAGAAGGCACAUUGUCUGUUAUUUGAUUCAUAGGUUUUUACUCACCAUGAGUGAUUUUGACAUUUUAUUUCCUGAGAUGACAUUUCAUUUUUGUCUCCGUGCUCUAAUGAAGUAGUUAGGAGACUUCCCCUCCUCAUGUGGUCAUUAGUGCCAGCCGUCCUCAUUAUCGUAAAUGAAUAUAUAAUUUGUUUAUGAAUCGGUAAAACCCAGCUAAUGAAGUUUUGCCAAAGUGAAACCUGACAGAGCUUUCCUCGUUCCCUCCUUUUUGAGCAGAUCGAGGAUGCCAGUUUCUCACUCAAUCACCCCAACCAGUACUUCAUCGAGAGCCAGAAAGUUUUGAACGGAGGCAAGGAAAUAAAGCGAGAAACGGACACGCCACAAAGAUCGCAGGACAAAUCCGCCGCCAGAGGGUCCAGAGAAGCAACAGCAAACGCCCCCCAGGCUUUGGCUGAGAUGACAGAGGACCUGGACUUUUUCUUCCAGGAUGCCUGAUUCAGUUUCUGCUUUUAUACGAGAAGUUUAAUAUGUUCAGCUUCACUGCGGUUGAGGGUCUAUAUUCUGGCUUAUGCUGAAUCUUUAGAGUCACUGUUUCAGACAUACUUUGUAAUAAAGUUGCAUAUUUGUAAUAUCGA